UGUCAACCAGCUUAGAUACAGGGCUUACACAACUCAAAUUCCAAUCUUGACAACUGAGUAACAGUUAACAUUUCUGAACGAGUAAAUAUUUAUAGUCAGACUUGCAAAUUAAUUACAAUAGUGUUUUUGGAACUAUGCCGAGAAUUUUGCGCAACAUUUCACAACAACACUUUAUUUCCAUUAGUUGGUUUGCAGUCGUGUGUAGUAAAAGAAAACUUUUAUUUUCGAUACAUGCGUGACUUAUGAAACUGAUGAAACUGCAAAGUUAUUUUUCACGUGAGCGAGCGAGGAGUUUGGCAUCAAAGAUAUGUCAUUGAACUGAAGAUGAGAUGUAAUUAUAUGGUGAUCCUCAUUUUGACUCUUUCUGGCCCAGUGGUCACGAGAAAUUGACUCUUCUAAUUCAGUUAAAGUGGUGUUAUGUGGUUCGAGAAGAAGUUUAAUUUAGGGAAAAUGUGUUUUUUUUCGUCAAAUAUCGGACAUUCACGCUCUUGGUCAAACCUCUUGGUGAAGCAUACACGACAAGCAUGUACUGUUCCCAUACAAAGCAUUGACACGUUAUCCAAUCAGCGUUCGCCCCAAUGUCAUGGCUGAACACGCACACAUAAAACACCUUGAAGUUCGUCUUAUAAAUGAUCCUACGCAGCAAAACGCCGCAGUCACUUAACAAAAGACUGACGCUAACUUGAUGUUAACUUGUUUUCGAAACAGCGUUCCAACAAUGCGUUGCCAGAAACUAACUUUACUUCUGUUCUUGAUUUUUUCGUUCUACUCUUUUGUACUUUCGCAUGAACUUCCGAAGCUAGAGCACGAUCACUACAGUUUUAAAGUGCUACAACAAGCUGUAAAUGGCGACUCGCUUAUGCCUGAUGAUGUUGAAAGACUCCUUUCCAAGCUUCGAUUCUCGAACUGUUCCGAUACCAGUGAAAAAACGGAUUACAGAAAGUGCCUUAAUUCGUCAGAGAUCUACAGUUUCGCUGGAUCGUCACCUACAAAUCUUCUAAACGCCACACACUUCGCUCAAGUGAGCCCUUUGAUUGUUUACUGCCUGCUCCCAACGCCUGAAAAGAACCCUGGUCGAUGUGAGGUUUCUCCCAAGAACCCAAGCGAACUUUUCAACUCGUUCGCAAGGAAUUUCAGUCAACAUGGCGAUCAGGGAAAUAUCACUCACGAGGCGCUGGACCGCAUCCUGGAGGAAGUCAACAAGACUCUCGGGCAGUUUUUAACCCAGGAAAAAUGUUUCUCUGCUGAAAGCAUCUUUGAGGAGCUUGAGGAGGAACAUCAUGAGGAAGAAGAGGGACAUGGUCAUGAGGAAGGACAUGAUCACAGAGAAGAGGAAAAGGCUCUUAAUCAGGAAGAGUUUGAACAGGCCUGUGCUAGCAUUGUACUACAUCUAGUGCAAGGAUUCUGUAUUGAGGAAGGACAUGGGCAUAAUGAGACGGAGUCCUCUCUGCCCUCAAGAGAAUUCUUUAUCAAAGAUCUUUUCAAGGAUAAAAAGCAUCUAUCUGAAGAGGACUUGGAAGAAAUUUUGAAAAUUCUUGGCAUUGGUAAUGCUGCGGAAUCUCAUGAGGGCGACAGUCAUGAUGACCAUGAUCACAGACGCAGAAGGUCAGCUGGGUCAAACUUGCUGCGGCAGCGUGGAUCAGGGGUGCCUCACAGCGUCCAUCGUCGUGCAGUUGAUGAUCAUGGUCAUGGUGAAACCAAUGGUGCAAGUGGCAGUUGUUAUUCUCUGGAUGACAUGCUGACAGUUUUUGACGUUGACCACUCAGUCGGUGCAGACACGUUUGACUUCAAGGAACUUUGCCCUGCAUUUAUUCAACAAGUCAAAAGUGGAGCUUGCAAAGAAUCAGGCAAAACAGAAACUGAAGUAGACAAGGACAUGGGAAAAAUUUGGGGUUAUGGUUUUCUCGCUGUGACCAUUAUCAGCCUCACUUCUCUGGUGGGCGUGGCUACUAUUCCUUUUUUUGGAAAGAAAAUGUACAAGAAAAUCCUGGCCACAUUGGUUGCACUUGCUGUGGGAACACUUGCAGGAGACAGUUUACUUCAUCUUUUGCCACAUGCGUUUGGGCUUCAUGCACAUGAAGACGAGGGUGGUGCUCAUGGCCAUGACAGUCAUGAAGAAGAAGAUAACAGUUUUAUUUUUAAGGCAUUGGUUGUGUUGGCAUCUAUUUAUGGAUUCUUUCUGUUUGAAACUGUGAUGCAUUUGGGUUUGAAGAGCAAGAUUGGUGAACAUGGUGGCCACAGUCACAUUGAUGUUGAGCUCCCUGGUCCUUCCAGUCGACACAUGAGCUUCAAAAAGCAGAGGAGGUGUUCUAAGUUUGAACAUCAUGAAGGUGCCCCUCCUGUUGCUAAAAGUGAUGAAAAACCACCCAUGGAAAAUGGUGACAUUGUUUUGACAAACGUGGAAGGUCCUAUGGGAAAUUAUAACUCCAGUCCGACAUGUACAUUUCAUUCUCACUGUGUCUAUGAACAUGUUUCCAGUACAGAUACUGAAGGGGGUGAAUGUGAGAAUGCCAAAAGUGACUUAGAGGAUGGCCAUGCAGCUAUAGUUCCUCAAGAUACAACAGUCAAACCAAAGAGAUCCCUUAAACAGAGCUUGUCUCGUCGCUCGGUGUUCAGUGAUGAGGAGGGAAUAAAGAAACCCCUAAAGAAGAUUUCAGCGGUGGCUUGGAUGAUUAUAAUAGGCGACACUCUUCAUAACAUAAGUGAUGGCUUAGCCAUUGGUGCAGCCUUCUCUGAAGGGGGAUCGUCCGGUGUAUCUGGAGGAAUAAGUACAUCUAUCGCGGUGUUUUGCCAUGAGUUGCCUCAUGAACUUGGAGAUUUUGCUGUCCUGCUUUCAGCUGGAAUGUCUGUGAAAAUGGCAUUGUUGGCAAACUUGCUGUCAGCCAUGUCAUGCUACAUUGGCUUAAUCAUCGGCAUCUUUGUUGGGCAACAGGCCGAUGUCCGGUUCUGGAUCUUUGCUAUUGCUGCCGGCAUGUUUCUUUAUGUAGCUUUGGUUGACAUGCUCCCUGAUUUGAUGCACAGUGAGAGUUUACAGACAGACCCAGUGGUGACAUUUGCUUGCCAAAACUUUGGUUUGCUGCUAGGUAUCUGCAUCAUGUUGAUAAUAGCCUUGUAUGAAGAGGAUUUAAUGGCUGUUAACUGGUGAGAACUCGGAAGAGAUUCGAAUCUUCUAGCAAGAACAGACCAAGAUUUUUUUUUUUACCAGAACAUAACUUGACUUUAAGCAUUUGAGCCGUGGUCCACUUUUAUUUUUGGGGUACUUUUCCUCUAAAAAAAAAAACUUAUUUUGAGAAUUGGUUUUCAUUCUUUUUGCCACUUUUACCACUCUUUUACUUACAAUUAAGCUGCAUUGAAGACAUAAACUUGCACUGCUGUUUAAUAUAAUUGUUAUUUUUGUAAUUACAUGGAUUUAUUGAGGCGCUACGGAAAGCACCAGCACAGGCUCAUCAUCUUCUGGUUGUGUGGGUCUGAAUUAUUUCAUAAAAUUUAUUUUUGAGAAUACAAGGUCUUUAUUUUUGUGUUUGCUGUUUUGUGCUUUUUGGUAAGCUAUUUUGUGAGCCAAGAAAAUAGCUAAAUACUGUAGGGACGUUGUAUUUUAUUUUACUGCAUCAUAUUUUACUUAACUGCAUCAUAUUUUACUUUACUGCAUCAUAUUUUACUUUACUGCAUCAUAUUUUACUUUACUGCUCUUUGUUUGAUGAGCAAUUUUCAGUUUUAAGUUUGUACCACUCAUGCAAAUGAAAAUUGUUUUUCAUGUGAUCACAACCAGACAAACAGAAGGGCAAGGGUAUCUCUCUGUUAUCAUACAUGUCCAGUUGAACCUUACUUAGGUGUCUUUGCCCGUUUGUAGAAGUUCUACCAAGAUAACAUUUAUAUCAAGUAAUUUUUGAUUACGUCCAGUACUGACUAUGGGAAUGCUGGAAUGAUCAAAAUAAUUACGAGCAUGUUUGACUGUGAAAUUUGAUAGUUUGUAAAGAGCAGUGGGGAAUCUUUUAUGAGCGUUUGCAUGGACGGCUGCUUACUCCUUUUUCAUAAGAUAUUAACCUGAUAUUUGUAGGUGAGGGUGGAACAUAUUUUAAAAUGUGUAACUUAUGGUGAACAGAUGUAAUACCUGUUGUUUAUUAACAGGUAAAGGGGGUAAAGGGCUUAAGGACAGUUACAUGUAUUAAAUGACACUCAAACAAACAGUUGGUACUUAUGUUUUAGAUCUUCAUCAAAUCAAGAGUAUUCUUCAGUUAGCUUUUUAAUAUGGACCGUUAUAGUUAUUUAAUGCUUAGUUUAUCGUAGAUUUUAGUAUUUUAUUAUAUGGUAAUAGAAGUAUUUAACAGUAGAGUGAUCUUAAACAUCUCUGUAAUAUUCACGAAUAAAGUAAAAUGUUUAUUAA